AUGCUGAGGCCUAGAGCUUUGCCGUUGAGGCCAUAUUUAAGCUCGACACCACUUGGACUAUCGCCGCGCACUCUUUCUCGUCCACCUUCAAUCCUGCUUCGUCCUACUCUUAUACCUGUUCGAAAUAACUCAAGCAGUUCCACUACACCUCCUAUAUCAUUUGGACCACCUGACGUCCCAGCACCUCGUCAUUCAGCCUCAUUCUACAUAGCGAAUGUACUACCGCUGAAGUUGACUUAUUGGGAUGUAAGACCAUCAUGGGCGAUAUUGCGUGAAGAGACAUUGUUGGAGAGAAUACAUGAUAUAACUCAGGAUGUCACGGAAAACGAUUUCAAGUUGGAGAGUUUAGAAGUUAGUAGAAAAGAUGGUGGAGUAUUCUUACAUUUCUCUUACUUGCCUCCUACUCCUACUCCUACCGAUACUUAUUCGCAAGCAGAAGGAGGAGGAGUAGAAGGGGAAGGGGAAGGGGAAGGGGAAGGGGGAAAGACGAAAGAUGUAAUUGGAAUACAAACUCAAUUAAGUGAUAAACCUGAUCCUGCAGCACCUGGAAAAUUAUUCAUUGAAUCUUUAGAAAGAUCAGCUAAGAAACAUGGGGGUUGGCCAAAUUGGUUGGGUGAUUGGUGGAUCUCAAGAAAAAUAGGUAUAAAUGAAUCUUUAUCAAUAACUGCAGUUCCUGGACAUUCAUUAUAUUCUACUUCACCUCAAGACGGAUUAAAAAAAGGUGAUGAAAUUGAGAAAAAAGGUAUCGAAAUCAAUACGGGUGCAGGCAGAAUUUGGAUCGUUAAAGGUAGACAAUGGACUGAGGACAUGAAUCGAUUUCCAACAGGUAGACUGAGGGUGGAAUUUGAUGGUCCAGAUGUAUCUCAAGAAAUGCUAUAUACGCUAUUCAGACCAUACGGCAGAAUAGCAGAUAUACAACCACCUGCACCAGUCCCAGCAGGAGCUUUACGGUUUGCUACUGUUACAUAUUCAAGGAUGACUCCUGCAGCUAUAGCCAUUAAUUGUCUACACGGGUUUUCCACUCCAACAAAUACAGCAGACUUCACUCUGAAAACGUCCGGCUCGACAUCAUCCUCUACAAUUCCUAAAAGUAGAUUGAGAAUAUACUAUGAACGUCCAUUAAAAGCUCAUGCUAUACGAGAUUGGAUAUCUGCUCAUCCUAGAUUAGCGUUACCUGUCAUUGCAUUUUUGAUCGGUACCCUGAGUUAUACUUUCUUCGAUCCUAUAAGGGCUUUCUUCGUCAGGUCAAAGUUGGAAGGUGUAUGGGAUAUAGAACAAUACUCUUUGAUUAAAACGAUCCGACAAAAAUUCGUUCUUCCUACUUCUUUCGGUUUCCUCAGCACCUCCACCGCGUCUACUGGUGAAUCAGAAGAGACCAUCGGAAAAGAUGCUUGGCAAGACCGUGUUGAAGCUGAGAAGGAGGUAGAAAGAUGGUUGGCAGAAUACCCAGGAACGUUCAUCACUAUCACUGGACCUCCUGGUAGCGGUAAAGUCAGUUUAGUCAGCAGGGUUUUGAAGCAGCAGGGCAAACCCGCAUUAGUGAUUGAUUGCGCGGAAAUCGCGAAAGCAAAGAACGAUAAAGGCUUGCUUGACGCUUUGGCGGAUCAAACAGGAUACUAUCCUGUCUUCUCCUUCAUGUCGUCCAUUAGUGGCUUGAUCGACUUGGCCGCAGUCGGUCUCAUUGGCCAAAAAGCAGGUUUCUCCACUCCGGUUGAUCAGCAACUUCGACAAAUGCUUGAGAUUGUUGGUGGAGCGUUAAAGGAUGUCUCGACACAUGCUCAGCAAGAACACAAACAAGAGGUUCAACAUUUGAAGGAUGAUGCCGAUAUUGCCAUUGAACGAGAAAGGCAGAAACGACUCAUCGCCAGGGGUGGAUGGCAUGAUGGUCGGCUGGAUUGCAUUGCAGGAAAUGGUGUCAUGGCUGAAUUAGGGGUAGGAGACGAACCAUAUUUCGAAGGAGAUCUGGAUCUUGCUCCACCUCCAUUGAUGGAUGACAUUGCACCAAUCAAAGGUGAAGCCGUACCGCCUACUUCAGCCUCACUGCCUAUGCCUCAAAAAGCUUCAGUGGAGGAAGCGGCUGCCAAAGCAGCUCAAGCAGCAGCUACAGCUGACCUCGAUGCGGAAUCAGAAGAAAUUAAAUCAUUACCUAUAGUGGUACUGAAGAAUUUCGCUCAAAAGACUGCUAAAGGAGAUUUAUGGGCUGUAUUAUCUGAAUGGGGAGCAAGUUUAGUCGAAAACAAAGUCGCUCAUGUGAUAGUCGUCACCGAAGGUGCUACAGCGACUAAAGCUUUGACAAAAGCGUUACCUGCAAAACCACUUAACAACAUUGGAUUAGCAGAUGCUGAUGAAAUAAACGCUUUAUCAUAUGUUAAAGAUAAACUGCGAUCAAUAUCUUCUUCCUCCUCUGCUUCAGCUUCCAACGCAUCCAACGCAAAUACAAACGUCAACAGAAACGCACAUGGGUCUUCUAAAGACAAAGCAGAAUCUAACAACAGUAUAUUUACACUAUCAAUGGACGAUUCUGCUCAAGUAGCUAAAUUAGGAGGAAGAAUGGUCGAUUUAGAAACUUUGGUUUAUAAAGUUAAAACUGGUGCAUCUAUAAAAGAUGCCGUGGAUGAUAUCAUCCUUAGAAAUACGGUUGAAUUGAGAAAAGCUGCUUUUGGUGAUGAUAGUGAAGAUGCAAAAAGUUUACCUUGGAAUAGACAACAAGCUUGGAAGGUUGUAAAAGAAUUGGCGACAAAAGGAGAGAUAUCUUACGCUCAAUUACUUCAAGAUUUCCCAUUCAAAGGUGCUGAACAAGCUUUGAAAUCUUUAGAGGAACACGAAUUAGUUUCUGUGUCGUAUGUUGAUGGUAGAGCAUCGAAAGUUAGACCUGGUAAACCUGUUUUCAGAUAUGCAUUCGAGGCUUUGGUCAAUGACCCGAUAUUCAGAGCGUCCAAUCAAAUUGAAUAUAACACGACACUUAUCACGAAAGCAGAGAACGAUAUCAAGACUUAUGAAAAUGAAUUGACAACUCUGAAGGGAAUAACGACAGAAGGUGGAUCGGAAGCUUUGGGAGUCAGUAGUUCUUGGUUAGGAUUAGGUGGUCAUUCCGCUGUGAAAGAUAGAGCGAAAUGGUUAUUGGAUAAAAUGGCAAAAGGGGUUGACAAAACCGCCAAGUUGGAGAAAGAGAAUGAAGAUAUGGGUAAAGUCUUAGCUAGUGGGAAGGCUUAA